AUAGAGUCGACAGCAGUUAGUCCACGUGUACGCGCCGCUACUUUGUUGUCAAAAACUCCUGUGGACCCAUUCUUAGUGGAAAAUGGAGAUUCAACGCGUUCUGAUCAGUGACUCGUGCGACCCGAGAUGCGCCGAGAUCCUCACGAAAGCGGGCUGUAAAGUGACGGUCAAGACCGACCACACUCCUCAGGAACUGGUGGAAAACAUCAAGAACUUCGACGCUCUGGUCGUCCGAAGCGCAACGAAGGUCACCGCCGCAGUGAUCAAUGCCGCUCCCGAUCUGAAGGUUAUCGGCCGCGCCGGAACCGGGGUCGAUAAUAUCGACUGUGAAACGGCAACCAAGAACGGCGUUCUCGUCAUUAACGCUCCCGGAGGCAACACGCUGUCGGCCGCCGAAAUGACGUGCGCACUGAUCGUGUCGCUGUCAAGGGACAUCGCUGCGGCUUGUGCUUCCCUCAAGGCCGGUCGUUGGGAUCGUAAAAAUUUCAUGAGCAACGAGCUCAAUGGAAAAACAAUCGGGAUCGUGGGUCUCGGCAGAAUCGGACGGGAGGUCGCAACUCGAAUGCAGUCGUUCGGUAUGAGGACCAUCGGUUUCGACCCGAUCAUCCCUGCAGAGGCGGCCGCUGAGUUCGGAGUCGAAGCGAUGAGUCUCGACGAUCUGUGGCCGCAAUGCGAUUACAUCACGGUGCACACGCCGCUCAUUCCACAGACGAGGGACCUGAUCAACUCGAAGACCCUUGCCAAGUGCAAGAAAGGAGUCAAAAUCGUGAACUGCGCUCGUGGCGGUAUCGUCAACGAAAAUGACCUCUUGGCAGCUUUGGAGUCGGGCCAGGCCUCGGGCGCCGGCUUCGACGUGUUCGAAGAAGAACCCCCGAAAAACACCGCUUUCAUCGCGCAUCCUAAAGUGAUCUGCACACCGCAUCUCGGGGCGAAUACGAAGGAGGCCCAAGCUCGGGUCGCCAUAGAGAUUGCCGAACAAUUCGUCGCAUUACGGGACGAUCGCCGAAUCGCAGGUGCGGUCAAUGCACCGCUAUUGGCGCAGUCUCAGGCGGCUGAGAACCGUCUCAUCGCUCAGCUGGCGACCGACUUGGGUAAAGUUGCCGGAGCUUUAGUCAGCGGAUCCUCAGCGAUCGGCAUCACUAUGGAGACUUGCGGUGACAGGCUCGCAGCUCAGGCGAAGUUCCUCUCGUCCACGGUGACUAUCGGAGUCCUGCGGUCACUGGGCGAGAACGCGAAUUUGAUAAACUUCGGCGGUCUCGCCGAAAAACGUGGCGUCUCCUACUCUCAUCAGAACGCCAGCAUCUGCUGUGGAUUCGACGAGUGCAUAAGGAUUACCGUGAAGGGAGACUCGUCGAGCCACGUUCUUGAGGGCACCCCGGGACAAGUGAGUAUACUUCGAAUGGUCGACCAAGUGAAGCUCGACGGAGGCUUCGCGCUCACGGGUAAGCUGUUGGUCGCGGAGGGUCCCGCAAACAGUCUACCUGCGGUCGUGCAGUCUGUCGCCGCCCUCGGGAAAAUCACUUCGGUGACGGAUUGCGGCAAAGUGUAUUUGAUCAAAUCCGACAUAUGCGCGAAGAGCACCGCCGCGCCCGGACCACUCUCACGGUGGGCCAGGGUGGAAUUCUGAAUUACGCGGGGGGGGGGGGGAAGUCUCAUAACGUGCAAUUCUGACCACGGAACGUGUGGAUCUGAGGUGGUUUCUUGUCCUAUGAGAUGUCUCAAUGGAGUCUCUCGAUGAUCAACUUCAAGAGGUGCCCGACGCCUCAUAAUUCUCCGGAUACUUCUGACAGUGGCAAUGUUCAUAGGAAUAAAACGGGAAG